ACAUAAUCAUUUCAAUUCAUCCUACUAAAAGAUCAACCAAAGUUGCAUCUCUUUAAUCAUUACCUCAUUAGUUCCUUUAAAAUCAUUAGUUUUACAUUUUGGUUUUCUCACAUAUAAUCUCACCUUCCAUUGUUCUCACAAAACCCUCCCACUAGCUUAUGAUAAUUUAAAUUAAAUGUACCUUCAAUUGUGCAUUUUUAUUUUGCUCCUUUCCUUGAAUGUAUGCACUUCUCGAACUCUCUUAGGUGUUAAAGAUACCCAGAUCAACAUUUCUGAAAAGGAGUCAGAGAAUGUGGAGAAACUACCUUUAAAAUCAAAUGGAGCAACAAAAACAGACAUUAAGGUUAGGAAUAAUAAUAUUGGAGUUGUGCAAGUACACCACAUAAAGCAAGAGAUUUCAGACCAUGAUCCACAUAGAAAAGAGGGUAAAAAUCCAGGAUUUUACUCGGAUUAUUCUAGACCAAGAACACGUCCUCCUUCCCACAACUAAUUUUCUUUGGUUUUCAUAGAAAAGAAAUUUGUAGCUCAUUUUUUCGAAUUAAUCAUCUUAGAUUGUUGUAUAUUU